CCUGCCAGAGGGGUGUCUGGGGUUCCCAGAGAGGAGGGCAACCCCCUCAUCCACUCUGUACCAGACACCAGGACACGGUUUCGAUCCGCAAAGGGUGGGGUGGCGGGUAAAAGGCACCUCUUUAACAGCCCUUUCCUCUCCCCCCUGCCCACAGUGCCACUGACCCGUGCCUCCAGCUCGCCUCGACGCUGCCAUGGCCACGCUAGAGGCUCUGCCCGUCCCGAGUGACCCCGCCUACGCCAGCCCGCCGAGCCUCCACGGAUUCUCCGCCCGGCCACCGCGACCCGCCGGCCCCAGGAGCGCCAUGGGGAGCGUGGGCAGCGGCGUGGCCAACGACCAGGAGUUCGCCAUGAAGAGCGUGGGCACCCGCACGCAGGGCAGCGGCCGCCAGGCCUCCUCCGAGGGCUCCCGCAACGGCUACGCCGCCCGGGAGAUCUCCCACCGCUACUCCGGCGAGGAGAAGACCUACAAGUCGGAGAAGGUCUCCAACUCCCUCUACAUCAACGGCGACCUGCGCAAGGGCGAGAAGGUGAAGGUGGACAUCUGCGGGAACGUGACCGCCAACAACGAGAAGAACCUGCCGCCUCCUCCCCAGUACCGAGAGCCCGGUAACCCACCAAAGAUAUUGCCAAUCUCCGGCAAACUCGACCAGAGCAAUGAGCCCUUAGUUAGACCCUCAGCCUUUAAGCCAGUAGUUCCUAAAAACUUCCAUUCCAUGCAGAACCUCUGCCCGCCGCAGAGCAACGGGAUGGCGGAGAACAGGAAGAGCUUGAACCACGCCAACAGCAAUAGCCCGUCCGCCCCCAAAGCUGGGCUCGACAAGGGCAGCCUUAACAGGACUACAAACCAAGGGGGGGGGCUCUCGGAUUCGGGGCGCAACUCCCUAACGAGCCUGCCCACCUACGGGACGGGCUACAGCCAGCACGUGGGGCCCAUGAGCGCCUCCACCAGCCACAUCAACCGCAUCGGCACCACCUACGUGGAGAAGAACAUCGUGGGAUACAACGGGAUAUCUACCUCAGACAGCGGGCGGUCCUCCAGCAAGAGCACCUCCUCCUUCAGCAGGCUGAACCAUCUCAACGAGACCAUGCCUUUCCACUCGCCUUCCACCGACGACAUCAUCCAGGACCUGGAGGACCGGCUGUGGGAGAAGGAGCAGGAGGUCCUCCAGAUGCGGAGGAACCUGGACAAGAGCGAGGCGGCGAUCUUCCAGGUGUUCGAGGAGAAGCAGAAGAUCUGGGAGAGGGAGAUGGAGGACCUGAGGCAGAACUACGCCAACAAGCUGCAGCAGGUCUCCAAGAAGGCGCAGAGGGCUCAGCAGGCUUUGCAGCUCCAAAUUUUCAAGCUCCAGCAGGAGAAAAAAAAACUCCAGGACGACAUGGGGCAGCUCCUCCAGCAGCGAGAGGAGCUGGAGAAGAAAUUUGUGGCUUUCAAGAAGGAGCAGGCUGAGUUUCUCCCAAAGAUCGAAGAGACCAAGUGGGAGGUGUGCCAGAAGGCAGGCGAGAUCUCCCUGCUCAAGCAGCAGCUGAAGGACUCCCAGGCAGACGUCUCCCAGAAGCUGAACGAGAUCGUGGGGCUGCGCUCGCAGCUCAAGGAAGGCAAGAACUUCCUGCGGGAGAAGGAGGAGCAGAUCCUCACCCUGAAGGACUCCUACAGCUCCAAGAGCGUCAACCUGGAGAUCUGCGAGGGCGAACUGCAGCGCAAGAUGAGCGAGGUGCAGGUGCUGAGGGAAAAGCUGAACCACUGUGAGCUGGAGGUCUCCGGCCUGAAGCGGACGCUUGCCAGCAUGGGACCCCCGGGGCCCUUCGGGGCCGACCUGGGCGAGAAGCUGCGGGACCCGCUGGCCUGCGAGAGCGACGAGGCCAAGAUGCAGCGGCAGAGCGAGGACAGCGUGAACUCCCUGCGGAAGGAGGUGGAGCGGCUCCAGACGGAGCUGAAGCUGGAGCGGCAGCAGCGGGAGCAGCAGGUGAUGGACUUCGAGGAGGAGCGGCGCACGUGGCAGGAGGAGAAGGAGAAGGUCAUCAAGUACCAGAAGCAGCUGCAGCUGAACUACGUGGAGAUGUACCAGAAGAACCAGCUCCUGGAGCACAAGGUGAACGAGAUGAACACCAAGGCCACCAGCCCCCCGCACACCGAGGAGAAAAAGACGUGGACUCCCUCCAGGCUCGAGCGAAUAGAGUCCACCGAGAUCUGAGGGGGGGGCCACCGCCACGACACAACCAGAUUUUUUUUGUUGCUGUGCAUGUACUACCUACUCAAGCCAGUGAUCUUCCGAAGGAUAACGCGCUACCGCCGGGGCGGGGGGAGCCUGCUCUGCUCCCGGCCGAGCUCCACCACCCUUGCUCUCCACUUCUGUGCUCUGUAGGUAAAAUAACUGCGGACGUGC